UUCUGAUUCAACCAUUCUUCUUUCGCGAAAACCCCCAUCAUGUUCUACUCAGAGGCAAUUUUGUCGCGGCGCGGUCCACUUGGAAAAGUAUGGCUCGCUGCACACAUGGAACGCAAAUUGUCAAAGACGCAGACGCUGCAGACGGACAUUGGAGAAUCCGUCGGCGCCAUAAUGGGUCAAGAUAUAGAAAUCAUGGCGCUGCGACUCAGCGGACAACUUCUUCUCGGUGUUGUACGCAUAUAUAGCAGGAAGGCCAAAUAUCUGCUAGAUGACUGCAAUGAGGCGCUGUUAAAAAUCAAAAUGGCAUUUCGUCCAGGCAUCGUCGACAUGAAUGAAGACCAACUUGUGGCCAACAAGAACGCGAUCACACUAGCCAACAACGAUUUGGACUUGAAUCUUUUUAUUCCCGACGUCAACUGGGAUAUGGACUUUGAGGAUCGCCCUUUACCACAACAAGGGCAUCAUCAUCAAGCCCGUGUCGACGACAUCACUCUACGAAAUACUGAAGAUUUUGGCCAGUUUGACUACAAUGAUCCUCUCGACUUGGGUCCCACCGAUGGAAUUGGGUCCCAGGACUUCGAUAUAGAUUUAGAUCUCGACUGGGGUGACGGUGCUGUUAAUAACAACUCUAUGGAUGUCGACGGCCUAAGCGUCGAUGGCAGCGUCGGUGUUGGACGAGAUGCAGCGCCAGGCAGGGAUUCCAUUGGAGUAGAUGCUCACCUGCUGGAUGGUGACGUAGACAUGGACAUUGACAUCGACCUUCUUCGUCGCAGCAAAAGCCGUGAAGCUUCUGAACAUCCUUUCGACGCGGACAUGAACAUUGAUGUUCCCGACUUUGGUGAUGUAGACUUGGGUGAUUUGGGUAUUGGUUUUGAUCUCCCAAACGACCUACCUUCCGACCUUCCUCAUGAGGGUGAGAAGACUCCUGGACAGACGCGAUCGUCUUCGCGAGCUUCUUCUCCUCUCUCCGAUGUUCCCCUUACCCCACCUCCAAUCGAAAUGAAUGGUGAUCUGACACCGAUCGCUCCUGUUAAAACACAACGAAAACGCAAGGAAAAGAAGCAGAUAAUCGAUGCCGUGACCGAGCUUCAAGGUGGUCCGGGUAAUGGUCGAGGACGACAUGGCCUAGGUGCGCCGGUGAACAAGGAUGUAAGCGAUAUUCUUGUUGAACCCCACUUUCUUCCUCGAUCCUCUGUUGUGAUGCGCUUGCUUGAGAUUCGUAGCGACCCGUUGGCGUACUUCCUUCCUACUAGAAUCACUCCCCAAGGCACUUUCUUAUGUGCUGGCCCCCCAGGGUUGGCGCCUGAGUUGGCGGAAAUGUUCAUGCGACCGAUAAGUGGUUCGAAAAAACGCGGUAUUUCUCCGGGCAAAGGCCCGAACAAACGCCGGAAGGUUGAUGAGGCGAUUAUCCAUGAGGAUGAGAUUGAGCAUGGCCGUAGGGCGGAAAGUCUGGCUCCCAGUAUCGCAUUGGGGAGCGAUGUCGUGGGCCGUGGUGUCAGUGUUGGACCUGAUGCACUGGACUUCGGCGAUCAAACAGGUGGCGUGGAGGAUUUCCAGUUGGAUGUUCCGGACCUUGAUCUUGAUGUUGGUCUCGACGUGCGCGAAAAGUCGGCGGCACCCACUGACAGAAGUCGGAUGUCGACGCCUGCCGGUGACUUGUUGGAGGAUGGCACGGACACUUAUGCCGAUCUGACGUGCCCCAUUGCUAUGUUUGAUAUCCGACCAUCGACACAGACUCAAGAGAAAGAGGCAGAACCAACGGAUACAGAAGGCAAAGGUUAUAGCAAGAAUACUGUGAAGGCACUGGGUGUCAUCAGGCGAGAGCUGAGGCCUGGCGAAGAUGAUGCAGGGGAGAAAGUAAUCAGUUUCCGCAAGAUGGCUGAUAAGGCAUCACGUCGAGCUGCCGCUUCUUUCUUUUUCGAACUGCUCGUUCUUGGAACUCGGGAUUGCGUCAAACUGUCGCAAUCAGGGCCGUUCGAAAACAUUGAAGUCCGGGCCCAAGAUAAAUUAUGGGAGCGUCAGCGUCACGGAUCUGCUGAACCGUCCGUACGCGGUGCGUCGGUUGCGCGAUCUAUUGCAUCUACCAUGGGAUUAUAAUUGAAUGCCACCGUAUCCAAUCUAUUGGAAUGUCUUGGAUUUAUUUACGAACCUUUUACGUCCACUAUCCAUUACACUCCGUAUCUUAUUGUUUUUUUUUUCGCUAUCACUUGUUGUGUUCAUUACUAUGGUGUAGUGUAUGUUUUUGUUUGUUCAAUGAGCAGUUCUAUCACUUGGUGACGAUUGAAAGUAGACGGGCUUAAGCUUUUGACCUGAA